UACUCUGACCCGACAUUUGUUCUCUUCGGCUACUCUCUCCUCUUCAAUGGCUUCUCUGUUCAAGGAUCAAACGAAGCUUUCAGCGUAUCGUGAUAGAAGGUUUCCUGGGACACAAGAGGAAUUUGAACACGCGUUGCUGACGUCAACAACUGUUUAUGUCGGAAACAUGUCGUUUUAUACGACGGAAGAGCAAAUCUAUGAGCUAUUUUCACGAACUGGAGAAAUUAAGAAGAUUAUUAUGGGUUUAGACAAGAACAGCAAAACACCUUGUGGCUUUUGUUUUGUCUUAUACUACUCUAGAGAAGAUACUGAGGAUUGUGUCAAAUAUAUAAGUGGUACAAUUCUUGAUGACCGUCCUAUUCGAGUGGAUUUUGAUUGGGGAUUUCAAGAAGGAAGGCAAUGGGGUCGUGGUCGAAGUGGUGGGCAGGUUCGGGAUGAAUAUCGUACCGACUACGAUCCUGGCAGAGGAGGUUAUGGAAAAUUAGUUCAAAGAGAGUUGGAAGCACAAAGACAGCUUGUAGAUUAUGGUACCGGUUCAUUGAACUCUUUCCAACCGGUUAUGCCCCAUCAUUAUGGUAGUGGUAGACAUGGUGGAGGUCAUGGUCAUGGGGGUUCUCAUAGGCAUGGCAGAGAUUACCAUCGAAAGCGACUUCGCGAAGAUGAUCGUCAUGCACAUGAGAACUCCAGGAGAAGCUCAGAUCAUGAAUCUAGGAGAAAUUCUGAUCAUGACUCAAGACCGGAGAAGAAUCCACGUUUCCGGGAGAGUGGCGACUCUGAUGACGAUGAGGAUGAUGAUCGGAAGCGGCGAGCUUAAUGAUUCUAAUGCUGUGAUUUGGUGUUUUCUGUUGGCAUACCAGCAGCUUGAUGAAAAACAAUGCAUGCUGCUCAAAUAUGGGAGGAUCAUACAGUGUUCUUGCAACAAGUCUAAAGCUAUUGAUUUUUGUUUGAUAAGCUUAGUUUCUA